AUGUAUUAGACUGAAACAAAAUCAUCUCUAUACGCAUCGAAAUUAAUUUAACAGACAAAUUAUUCAGCUCUUUCAUCAUUGCCGAAAACAUACAUAAGACAAGUGUAAGCAGAGGGUAAACUAAUUUUUACUAAUCGUUUAGGAGAAAUAUUUAUGGCUGCUCCUUAAAAAUGUGCAAACAUCUGGAAAGAGUUUAGAAAAAAUGAUUUUACAUAAGUUUAAAUACCAUAUAAAACAGCUCUUUAAGUUUUUGAUGCAUGUAAAGAGGAUUUUUAAAUGAUGUUAAAGAUCUCUAAUGGAAAGGAUUUCUUUGAUUUAUUUGAUUAAGACAAUGAUGGGUAAUGAAAUUAUAUUUUAAUUUAGAUAUUUAAAUGAAGAUGAAUAAAUUCUAGUGUUCAGCAUAAUAAAAGAGAAAAUGCAAUAAGUUGCAAAUCUCCUGCUAUAAAUAUAAUAAUAUGUUCCUUUCAAAUAAUUGAUGAAAGCCAUAAGAACAUUAGAAUAAAAUAUCUGUGAAUACUAAGACAUCUUAAGAUAGAAGAUCUAUAAAUAAGAAGUGGCGACUUAUAAGGAAAUUGGACUUGAAAAACUGGAUGACUUCUAUGAGAAGUACUAUAAUCAUUUCCAAUAAUUUGAGAAUCAGAAAAAAAUAAGAAUGUAUAGAUUACCAUGAUGUUUAAUUAGAUAAAUGCAGAUUUAGAAAUAACAGGAAGAAAUGGGACAGUUGGAAGAUAAAUUAUCAAAAAACACUGAAUUUUUAAAGGUAAAGCCUAAAAGAAAACUAAAAGAUUUAUAAACAUAGGAAAAAUUAGUGUCCUUAGAUGAAAGAGUGGAAGAAGCCAUGGAUUUUCGUAGAGAACUAAAAAAUAUGGAAAAAGCAGAAUAAGAAAGAGUGGCUUCUGAGUAGGAAAAACGUAUUGAAAGUCAAAAGGACGAAUUAUAACGCAAGCAUCAAAAGCAAAUGGAGCAAUUAAAAGCUAAAUUAAUAGAGUAAGAACACAAAUUAAUCAUUUAACUUAAAAAGGAAUAUAAUGUGCUGUUGAAAUAAAUUGGAUUGCACAGCAAUGAGAUCGAGAGAAUUUAAUCUUCAGCUACUCAGCAUGCAAUUCGAAAAGGAGAAACAGAAGGAGAACUUAAAAGAAUGAAAGAGAGAGCAAGAAUAUAGAAUUAUAUUAUUGGAGAUACUAAAAGAACGAUGACUCCUAAGCCAUAAUAAUUAAACUCAUCAACCUAUGAAGAUACAGUCAGUUCAUCUCCAAGAUCUCCAGCUGUUCAUAAUAAAUACGAUAGAGCAGCACAUGAAAUCAAAGUUCUAAUUCAUAAAUAAAAUUACACUUCCUUUUAUAUUAAAAAAAAAUAUGGGGCCGUAUUACAUUUUAAAUGAUAUCUAAUUAGGACCUGCCAGUAAAUUACAAACCUGAACCAUAUAAAUUAUAAGGCGACAAUCAUGAUCGAAUUGAAAAGAUACUAUCUGUAAAAAAGAAGAACCCCCAUGAUGUACUACCCUCCUUGACAUAAUAGUACGAUGAAAAUCUUAAAGAAUUAGUAAUCAGAAAAUUAAUAUUUAUAGGAUAAAGGGAGUACUUAAAAAUCAGAAUAAGAACUAAUAUAGGAAAGAUUAAAAAAGAAAUAGUUUAUAUUAGAAAAACUGGAAGAAUCCACUCAUUGA